CCUGCUUUGCUGCCGAUCGCCUCCACACCGACAGGAUCGCUUUCGUUCGGGCUGGAUCUGCAUCCGCAUCUGCGCUGCAUCCUUAUUCCCAUCCGGCACCUUUCUAUCCACCCAAGCCCAAAAUGUCAAAGAAGCGGCCGUUUCGCUCGCCCUCGCCUGUCUCGCUGCCGUCCGACCCAGCAACAACCCCCCGCACCGAUGCCGACGACGACAUCAUCAUGGGUGGCGACGGCGCUGGACUCGACGAGUCCGUCUACCCAUCAGGCUGGUCGCCACACUAUCCGCCGGGAGCGACCCUGACUCCGGGCCCCUUUGAGGACCGGUUCAAGAGAAUGCGCAUGUCCAGCCCUUCGCAAGCGAGCUCGCUGCUCGAGACCAUAUACCGCAUCCCAAAUCCCAGCACAAGCAUGGCUCCAGAUCACCGGAGCAACUCCAUCGCAAAGUUUAGUAUCAACACACGGGCCGACAACCUGCACCAUCCCAUCAUGUCGCAGCCGAUGCCUUCCCAUUAUGCCGACACAGCGGACGAACAGCAACAUCAGUAUGUUGCCGCUGGAGCGUCGGAUCAACUGCUUCACACAUCCGGGCUCGUCGGAGCCGCCGGGUCGCUCUACUCCAACAUCAACUCGCAACUCGCUCUGCUGCAUGCUGCUCGGACGCCGCGAAUGGAACGCCGCAACCAUGAUCUUCAGGAGGCAUCCUCCAGCUUUACCCCAACUAGCGAAGAGGAGGAGCGUCUGGCGGUGAGGCAAAACUACCGCCACAUCAACGAGCUGCUGUUCAAGUAUCAUGAGGGCUCCCAUCACCGCCGCCAGCCGACCGAGAACCGGUGAUGGGGCCGUUGUUUGAUACUGCUCAUUUGGCCAAGUUCAUCUGGCCAAGCUCACCCGUACAAACUCGGUCAACGACUACCGUUGUGUAUCGAGUGCAUCGCAGCCAGGCGGAGACCUGCUCGAUCGCCCAGGUCCAAUAGCAAUUCAGUCCUUGCACCCAGGAUGAACAUGGCUCAUGGUGUUUCCCAGGAUCGUCUUCCAAGGUCCCCUGUUUUCGUCGACAAUCGUCAUGCACACUUGAACUCCAGUCUCACCUUUCACACUCAUGAAGCGUCUCAACCUCAGCUCCACGAAAUCGUGAUGCAUUUGGUCCUGCUUGGUCCCCCACUGAUAUGCGGAUACGUCGGACAGCAGGACCAAUGCUCGCCGGAGCAGCAUACCCUACCCUGCAUCAACAUACGACGCAUCAAUAUAUGGCGCAUCGGCUUGUUCAUAUGCUA